UCUGGUCACAUUCCGCAGAAGAACAUUCUCUUCUCUGACUCGCCAUCUCCCAACUUAUUCCCAGCCCCAAACGCUUUCGCUUUCCACACACACAAACCAUCAACGUUUCUCCUUCUUCCUCCUUUUCCCGUUCAGAUCCUUACCCACCCACCCCAAAAAAAAAAAAAAAAUAAAAAAAUCUUUAGGGUUUCCAAAAUCCCAAAUAAAAUUCGAUCCCAAAAUUCCCCUAUCUGUUCACCUUAUAUAUAAUCUUGUCGCAGCUGUAGGGUUUACGUUGAGGUCGCAAUUCUAAAUAUCCCUCUCGAUUCGUCUAUGCUAUUGUUGAUAGCCAGAAGAAGAAGAACAUGUAUAGCAAUUUCAAAGAGCAAGCGAUAGAGUACGUGAAGCAAGCUGUACAAGAAGAUAAUGCCGGAAACUACGCGAAGGCGUUCCCUUUGUACAUGAACGCUUUGGAGUAUUUCAAAACGCAUCUCAAGUACGAGAAGAACCCUAAGAUCAAGGAAGCUAUAACCCAGAAAUUCACCGAGUAUCUGCGUCGGGCCGAGGAGAUCCGGGCCGUACUUGAUGACGGUGGGCCUGGCCCGGCAUCCAACGGGGAUGCUGCGGUCGCCACGCGGCCCAAGACGAAGCCCAAGGAUGGUGAUGGUGGAGACGGAGAGGAUCCUGAGCAGGCGAAGCUUCGUGCUGGGCUGAACUCGGCGAUCAUAAGGGAGAAACCGAAUGUGAAGUGGAACGACGUCGCUGGGUUGGAAAGCGCGAAGCAGGCGUUGCAGGAGGCGGUUAUUUUGCCUGUGAAGUUCCCUCAGUUCUUCACUGGUAAAAGACGACCUUGGAGAGCUUUUUUGUUGUACGGACCACCUGGAACCGGUAAAUCAUAUUUGGCCAAGGCUGUUGCAACAGAAGCUGAUUCUACAUUUUUCAGUAUUUCUUCAUCAGACCUGGUUUCAAAGUGGAUGGGUGAAAGUGAAAAGCUGGUUUCAAAUCUUUUCCAAAUGGCUCGUGAAAGUGCACCAUCUAUCAUAUUUAUUGAUGAAAUAGAUUCUCUAUGUGGUCAGCGUGGAGAAGGCAAUGAGAGUGAAGCUUCAAGACGAAUUAAAACUGAACUUCUGGUGCAAAUGCAGGGUGUAGGAACCAAUGAUCAGAAAGUUCUCGUUCUUGCAGCAACAAAUACUCCGUAUGCUCUAGACCAGGCAAUAAGGCGGCGAUUCGAUAAGCGUAUAUACAUUCCACUGCCAGAUGUGAAGGCUCGCCAACACAUGUUCAAGGUGCAUCUAGGAGAUACUCCCCAUAACUUGACUGAAAGUGAUUUUGAACACUUGGCUCGCAAGACAGAGGGGUUUUCAGGUUCAGAUAUAUCAGUCUGUGUGAAAGAUGUUUUAUUUGAACCUGUUCGCAAAACCCAAGAUGCCAUGUUUUUCUUUAAAAAUCCUGAGGGUAUGUGGAUCCCAUGUGGACCAAAGCAACAGAGUGCAGUACAAAUCACAAUGCAGGAGCUUGCUACGAAAGGACUUGCUUCUGAGAUCCUUCCUCCUCCUAUAUCGAGAACAGAUUUUGACAAGGUACUUGCUAGACAAAGACCUACAGUAAGCAAAUCUGACCUUGACGUUCAUGAGAGAUUCACGAAGGAGUUCGGAGAGGAAGGUUAAUUCCGAUGGAAUUUGACUUCAAGGAUCCACACUGGUUUAAAUAUAUUAUGAUUUGUAAUUUACUUAGCUAUUGAAUCAAGUGAAAUGCAUCUUUUUUAUUCUAGUUUUGGGGAUGUGAAAUCCCCUCCCUCUUGUACGGAAGUGGAUACUCAUUUUACUUCUCCUAAAUUGUGUAUAACAGAAUCUGAAAUGAUCAGUGAAAUAAAUUGUAUGUGAUGCUGGUUGCAUGUGAUGGUCUUCAUUU